AUCGACAUCAAGUUCUGUAGUGAAUUCUGUUCAUCGUUGAAGUCAUGACCCGGGCAGCGAUAAUCACAAGGUGGCUCUUUACGAUAGGACUUAUUUCAGUCGGUAUUUCUCAUGUGUAUGGAUUAACACUGACAGCAAAAGAUGAGACGGGGACUAUAGGACCCCACCGUGUGACUGUCAAGUGUGACUAUGUCGUGGAUCCAGGAGAAACACUUUUUUCAAUAACCAUGAGUAGGAAGAUAGCUACAGACCCAGGUUUCACAGACAUUACAGUGUUCAGACCAUGUGCAAGCUCAUCACUCUAUGAUCCAUGUGUUACACAGAAUUUUAGAGAUCGGACAACUCUCAUCUUAUCCAAUGGUUCCACAAGUGUGCGAUUUGAUCGUGUUAAGUGUGGGGAUGAGGCACCUUACAAGUGUAUUGAUGCUUACCAAACAGUUGCUGCCGAGGCUGCUUCAGAAGAAGCUGACAUGAAUCUUCUUUUGCUGGCACCGGCUACACAGAAGGACAGCAGGUUGAGUUCCGGUGCCAGGGGCUGUUGGAGCUGUUGCGAGCUGUACCGGUUCCGGUACCGUGACAACACACCAGUGGACAUCACAAGUCUGCCCAGACUAAAUCCUCCCUAUCAAGUUCAGGAACUUGCAUCUCUGAACAGAAUAAGUCAGGUCACUCUGAAUGUCAGCAGACUGGACAAUGGGAUGACCAUCCAAUGUGCUGCAAACCACUCUACACUCACAAAAGCCUACGGGAUUCGAGAGACAUGCAACUCUUGGGCAAAGUCUUGUCGGCAAACUGACACCAUCACAGUUUUCUUUGCUACAACCACAUUCCCUCCCACUACAAAAACCACGAGUACACAAACACCUUCUCCUGGAAGUAAUGACGCUGUUAAACCAGAAGCUCCAGACAAUACUGUAGUGGUAGUUGUGUGUGUCGUCUUUGGGUUGUUGCUGAUCGCUGGGACUGUGACUGGUGUGGUCAUAUACAGGAGAAGAUGGAACAGGAAGACCUCCGAAGAAGUGCUUAGAAAGGCCCUGUACAACACUGCAACAUGGAGCGUGUGUCCUACGUGAAUAUGGAGUCAUCAGGAACGACACCACACAGGGGAAUUGAAUGCUUUGGGACUUACGUACCCUCUCAGGAGGACAAUAAUUUUACAAUACUUCAACCAGUCAGGUUGAGCUCUGACCACAGUAGAGUGGUACUGCGACAUGAGCAGUUUGUCAUUCGCACCGGCAUGCAUGAAACUGACGUCCAGGGAAAAUGUUAGUUUUUAACCCAUAGUAUGUGUAAGUUAAUGUGGUAAUGAUGUAUGGAGUUGUAUGAUUAGAUAUGGAUUUAGAAAAUGAUUAUUCCAUUUACAUCCCAAUUUGGUACACACGCUUUUCAUCGCUUCCACGUUAACAUCGUCGGGGUUAGAAACUUACUUCGAAACGUCAGUGUAUCGUAAAAACAAACUGACAGGUGAUGUCUUUUAGUGGCAUUUAGAAGUUGUACAUCGAUGUCCAAGAUAUUUUUAUGGAUAAAACUUCUUUAUAAUUUCCCUCACGACGUUUCGAGACCAUUUUCGUUUCAUCAGGUGAACUGACAGUUGGGACUAUGACCAAUGAAUGAAUCAACUGAUGAAGGGACCUGGAAUGGUCUCGAAACGUCGUGAGGGACAUUAUAAAGAAGUUUAAUCCAUAAAAAUAUGUUGGACAAAACUGACAGUUUUUCUGAUAUUGGUUGAUAACAGAUGUUGACAUGGACGACCAAGGCCUUUUCACCAGAACGACUAGGUUACAAAACCGUGGUCACAGUUAAAUGGGCGAUGAGCUUCAGAGGUGAUAUAUAUCACAAUAUGUGAAAUUAAUACGCGGGAAAGGGGCCAUAAAGUGUAUCUUCGGAUGCAUACAUUCAUUGAUCUCAUAUCAUCCAACAUUGGUGUAAUAGCCAAGUGCAUCCCUCCGAUUUAACAACUUCGAACUAGUGAGUGAGUUUAGUUUUACGCCGCACUCAGCAAUAUUCCAGCUAUAUGGCGGCCGUCUGUAAAUAAUCGAGUCUGGACCAGACAAUCCAGUGAUCAACAGCAUGAGCCUCGAUCUGCGCA